GAGAAAUUAAGUAUUAAGAAUCUGAAUAUCCAUCUCCGAACGGAGGCGAGCCAAUUAGAAUCAAACUCUCUUUUUCAGCCCAACAAAUUUUCAACCGUUCUAAUGGGUGUCUCCGGCGUACCUACUGUCGACGGAGGUCCCGAUCUCGACGCUGAAUCCUCCCUCCUUCUCUCCCAACAAAAACCCCCCAAGCCAGAUGAUGCGUUUCACUUUGCGUACAUCAUCUACUUUACGUUAGGUGUUGGCUUUCUCCUCCCAUGGAACGCCUUCAUCACCGCCGUCGAUUACUUCUCCUACCUCUAUCCCGACGUCGCCGUCGACCGCAUCUUCGCCGUCGCUUACAUGCUCGUCGGCUUGACUUGUCUCUUGUUCAUAAUCUUCUUCGCUCACAAGAGCGAUGCCUACGUGCGUAUCAACGUGGGUCUCGUCCUAUUCGUCGUGUCCCUGCUCGUGGUGCCUGUUUUGGACGCCGUUUACAUUAAGGGUCAGGUCGGACUGUACACCGGGUUUUACGUGACGGUGGGGGCGGUUGGGUUGUCGGGUUUGGCGGAUGCGCUUGUUCAAGGUGGGCUCAUUGGGGCUGCCGGAGAAUUGCCUGAAAGCUAUAUGCAGGCUAUUGUUGCAGGAACUGCAGGUUCUGGUGUUCUUGUUUCAGUUCUGAGGAUCCUGACAAAAGCCAUAUAUCCCCAAGAUGAAGAUGGCCUGAGAAACAGUGCUAAUCUUUACUUUGCUACUGGGAUUGUGGUUAUGGCCGUUUGUAUUGCCUUGUAUAAUAUCGCACAUAGACUUCCUGUUAUGAAGUAUUAUGAACAGUUGAAGAUUCAGACUAUAAAUGAGGAGAAAGAGGAAAGAGGUCCCCUGACGGGGUCUGCUUGGAGAUCAACCUUGUGGAAUAUAAUUGGUGCAGUCAAGUGGUAUGGACUUGGGAUUGUUCUCAUAUAUAUAGUGACCUUGGCAAUAUUUCCAGGAUACAUUACAGAGGAUGUGCACUCUGCAAUUCUCAAGGACUGGUAUGGAGUCCUCCUCAUUACAAGCUAUAAUGUGUUUGACUUGGUUGGCAAAUCGUUGACUGCAGUUUAUCUACUUGAGAAUGCAAAAAUUGCCAUUGGCGCUUGUGCUGCAAGGUUGUUGUUCUUUCCCCUCUUCUUAGGUUGCCUGCAUGGUCCCAGUUUCCUUCGCACUGAGAUUCCUGUGACAGUACUAACUUGCCUUCUGGGCCUCACCAAUGGCUACUUGACAAGUGUGUUGAUGAUCAUGGCUCCCAAAUCCGUUCAGCUACAAAAUGCUGAGACUGCCGGAAUUGUCAUAGUAUUGUUCCUGGUUGUUGGUCUGGCAGCAGGAUCGAUCAUAGCUUGGUUCUGGGUUGUCUGAUCUUCAAGCAGUUUGUUGCUUUUGUUAGCCAAUUCCCCAAAGAUAAAGUGGGGGUUGCCAUGGAUUGCCAAAUUGAUGUUUUAAUCCUGUAAAGCCAUCUAACUUUAAUUUCAAUUAUUCGAUUGUUUCUUCAUCCGGAAAAGGAAUGGUGAAUAAGUGGCUAAUUUGUAUAUUUCUCAUUGUUGACAAAAGCUUUGGAAAUGCAAGCUAUGCUUAUUAUCUUCUUACAUGCUUGCAUGAUUGGCAGUUCCAAGAGAGAAAUGGUGAAUAUCAAAGUGAGAAUAAACUAGUGCAUAGCGU